AUGACAUUGAGCUCCAAAGCUGCCAAUACACUACUGAUAAAUCACCAGGAUAAAUGGUGCAACAAAUCACUGAAAGAUAAAUUUAAAAUAGACAGCAAGCAGCAGGAUCAGUCGACGGCGAUGAGCAGCGCGGUACCUCCAGUAGAGUGUUGUGGACUCAGUGAAGGUCAUAAAAAAGUAUUAAAUUUAAAAAAUUUCAUUAGUCAAGAUCCUCAAGCCGCUGAUUUCAAAUGGUCGCUAUUUGUUGCUGCUUGUCAUACUUACAGACAUAAUACUUGUUUAAAACCAUUUCCGCCGAUGUACACUAAGAAUGAAUGCAAAGAUAUUGAAGCUUUGAGAGAAGCUAUUGAAAUAAUUCCACCACUUGCUAUUAUGUUUGAACGUCUAGAUGAUCCAAAAGUGUAUGAUGAACAUCAAGCAGCGAUUGAUUUGUUACAUUGGGUGCUCAUAGUAUAUCCAAGUGAAUCUUCCCGAGAAGAACGUUGGCAAAACGUUAUGCGAGGAAAUUCCACAUUUCAUGCGUACCAUGGUAGUCGUUUGGAUAAUUUUCAUUCCAUUAUUCACUAUGGGAUCCAGCAGCACAUGAGCCAGAAUGGAUUAUUUGGAAAGGGAAUUUAUCUCUCAAGCGAACUAGAAGUUAGUUUACACUGGGCUCAUUCCGGAUAUGGAUGGGGUGGCAGUAUGUUAGGUAGAGAAUUGAGCUGCGUUGCUCUCUGUGAGUUAGUUGAUCAUCCAGAUGUCAAAAAAGGCGAUACAGAAGAACCCAGUAAUUCCUUGAAAAUUGCCGUUGGAAAAAAAGUACCCAAUAAGUAUUACUUGGCGCUCAAUAGUGAUCUAGUUCGUAUUCGCUACAUUCUGGUCUACAGCAAAGAUUUAUGUGCAAUAAGACAUUCCGAAAUAAAUGGAGUUGUUGGCUGGUUUAAACAGAAUAAACUCCUGACGCUUUUACUUGGUUACGUCGUACUUCUAGUCUCUGUGGGCUUAAGUCACAAUAAAAAUGUUGAAAGAUACUAUAAAUUAUUUAUUAAAAAAAUCGGAUUUGAUUGA